AUGGGGGAUAUUUCAUUUACCACCAGCGAUCUGCAAGGAAUCGCGGAUGCGCUGGAGAAAGACCGUGACGACUCGAGGUCCCAAGAUGCCGGUGACUUAGGGGGCCAAAGUCUGUCAGAAAGCUAUUCCUUGGAGCCAUUGUCCAUGAAUACGAUGCACUAUUCAGGAGAACUAUCUCACUGGAAUUUUUCCAAGAUGAUUCGGCGUAGGUUGCAAAGCCUUGGUCAUGACUCAGAGACAACUGAUGGAUUUUUCCGCGCUACAGGCCUACAAUCGUCCAGCUCCUUCGUCACAUCAUCGAUGAUGUAUUUCCCGCCUAGAAAUGUCGCUGAAUUCCUUACAGAUACAUUCGUUCAGUUCGCGCAGACCAACUAUUUCUACUUUGACAUAGCCACAUUCCGCCAAAAGAUGGAUUUCUAUUACACUACCGACGGGCCACUAACUAUUGAUGACACUGGCUGGAUCUGCACCCUUCUUAUGGCAUUUGCAAUUGGAACUCAGUUUGCUUACAUGCAGACUAAACCAGGACAGUCUAAUCCUCCCUUCUCGGAAGAGAUUCCAGAUGAUCACAUUGGCUUGGAGCUCUACCGAUUUUCGUGUCGAUUAAUUCCAGAUAUGAUUACGAUUGCAUCCGUAGAAACCGUGCAGGCUUUCUUGCUACUCGGAGUAUACACCCUACCCAUUGAUACAUCGGGGUUGGCGUACACAUAUUUCGGCCUUGCGAUUAAAAUGGCUAUUCAAAAUGGCAUGCAUCGCAAAUACUCGGGAGCUACAUUAGAUCCUCUUACUAUCGAGUUGCGCAACCGCCUUUGGUGGUCCGCAUACUCACUAGAAAGCCGGAUUAGUAUACUUCAUGGGCGACCUGUAUCCAUAUCACGAGUUGACUUCGACACUGACAUGCCCACCGAGGUCAAUGGCCUGCAGUUCACCAACGGCAUCUCCAGUCUACCAAACAUCACUGCCAAUAUAUACUUGACUGAUCAAAUGGGAGAAUUAGCGCGGAUUAUCCUGCGGCUGAGACAAUGCUCACCAAGUCGCCAAACCCACCAUCUCCGGGAGCUGAGAGCCGUCCGAAAAGAGCUAUGCGACUGGUGGGCCUCCUUGCCUUUUGAGGUCCAUUGCCGUGAUCUCAAUCCGAACGGACCUCUUUUCCGCUGCAAUGUGCAUCUGGAGCUCACCUACAGUACAGCUACCAUAUACAUUGGCCGUCCUUUUAUCUUUUUGCAGCCAAAGUCGCCUGCCCAGGAAUCCACCGACGACAUCCGUACUGAGACUGUCAAAAUGUUAUCAGGCGAUUGUGUACGGGCCUGUCUCCGAAUAAUUGACCUCUGCCAGCUCAUGCAUGACUCUGUGGGCCUGGCACGAGUAUCGUAUACAGAAUUCAGCUCGUGUCGAGCGGCCCUGCUGGCCCUCAUUGCUCAAAGGCUCACCAGAUCCUCAGAGGAAAUAUGCAAUGCCUUGGCCCGUGGCAUGGUACUUAUUCGACAAAUGUGUGUUGGACUCGAGUCGGCUCGGUCUGAAGUCGCUGUCAUUGAGGCCCUAGAGCGAGCUCGCUUGCAACUCGAUAGCCCCAGCGAAACCGAACCAGGCCCCGCCGUCUCGGAAACUGGAUAUGAACAGUUUAGACGAUGGGCACAACUCUGGCGUGUGGAGUCGUUAUCCUCGCCCCCUCUUCCUGAACUUGGACACGAGAAUAUCGAGAUCCCUGAUCUGGACAGCAGUGUGCCUUCAUUCGACGGCUUUCUUUCAUCAUUUCCCCAAGAGUUGAAUGCGUUUGCGGCUAUCCCUACCUUGGAUGACUUUGAUCUGCCUGCUGAGUGGCCCACCUGA